UGCACAGAUCAUGUUUUGCACUUUGAACACUCAUAAAGCUGAUAUGGACAAGCUCUUAGGUGCACAAAUUGGACUUGAAGAUUUCAUAUUUGCCCAUGUAAAAGGACAACGAAAAGAAGUGGAAGUUCUUAAAACAGAUGAUGUGCUUGGGCUUACCAUUACAGACAAUGGGACUGGCUGUGCAUUUAUAAAGCGAAUCAAAGAAGGUAGCCUAAUGGACCAAACCAAAACGAUCUGUGUGGGUGAUCACAUAGAGACUAUAAAUGGGAAAGAUGUGUCAAACUGUCGGCAUUAUGAAGUUGCCAAAAUGCUAAAAGAUCUGGAGAAAGGUCAGAUGUUUAAACUGGUGUUGAUAGAGCCUAUGAAAGCAUUUGAAAAGCUGGAACCAAGGUCCAAAGGUGGACCUCUGCCAGAGGCUAAAAUCUCCAAAGGAAGAGAAACACUUCGGCUGAGGACCAAAGGCCCUGCUACUGUGGAGGAAAUGCCAACUGAAGUUGAAGAAAAAGCAAUUAAAAAAGUGGAUGAGCUUCUUGAAACAUACAUGGGGAUAAGAGAUAUUGAAUUAGCUGCAACAAUGGUGGAAGCUGGAAGAGACAAGAAAAACCCAGAUGAAUUUGCAGUGGCAUUGGAUGAAACUCUCGGAGACUUUGCAUUUCCAGAUGAGUUUGUCUUUGACGUUUGGGGAGCAAUAGGUGAUGCUAAGCAAGGACGGCUGGAAUGAGAACUAUGCAGUUUAUCAAUCCUUAUUUGAAAAUACAAUAUGAUUUUUUCAAAUGCAUACAUCAGAAUUUUAAUACUUCUAUUGAUAUUAAUC